GUGGCGGACGUGCUGCGGGAUUUAAAGAAACCAACGAGACCAGCAGUUUUUACUUCGUCAUUCCCUCGACAUAUCACCGGUUCGGUAUUGGACCGGUUCAACAGCACCGCAGAGGCCUUAAAGUACGACGACAUUGUAAUAAACAGCCAUGGCCAAGGCACCAGCAAUUGGUAUUGAUCUGGGCACCACCUACUCGUGUGUGGGCGUGUUCCAGCACGGCAAAGUGGAGAUCAUUGCAAACGACCAGGGUAACAGGACCACACCCAGCUAUGUUGCCUUCACCGACACAGAGAGGCUGAUUGGCGACGCCGCAAAGAACCAAGUGGCCCUGAACCCCACCAACACAGUGUUUGAUGCCAAGCGACUCAUUGGCAGGCACUUUGAUGAUAGUGUGGUUCAGGCUGACAUGAAGCAUUGGCCUUUCACGGUUAUCAACGAUGAUAAGCGCCCCAAAGUCCAGGUGGAGUACAAGGGUGAGACCAAGAGCUUCUACCCUGAGGAAAUCUCCUCCAUGGUGCUCCUUAAAAUGAAGGAGAUUGCAGAGGCCUACCUCGGAAAGACCGUGAACAACGCCGUGGUGACCGUGCCGGCCUACUUCAACGACUCUCAGCGCCAGGCCACCAAAGACGCCGGAACCAUCUCCGGCCUCAACGUCCUUCGCAUCAUCAACGAGCCCACCGCCGCGGCCAUCGCUUAUGGCCUGGACAAGAAAGUCGGCACAGAAAGAAAAGUUCUCAUCUUCGACCUGGGCGGCGGCACCUUCGACGUGUCCAUCUUGGCCAUCGAGGACGGCAUCUUCGAGGUGAAGUCGACGGCGGGCGACACUCACCUGGGCGGCGAGGACUUUGAUAGCCGCAUGGUCAAUUUCUUCACCAACGAGUUCAAGCGCAAGCACAAGAAGGACCUCAGCGGCAACAAGCGCGCUGUGCGGCGCCUGCGCACGGCGUGCGAGAGGGCAAAGCGCACGCUAUCCUCCAGCACGCAGGCCAGCAUCGAGAUCGACUCGCUGUUCGAGGGCAUCGACUUCUACACCUCGAUCACCAGGGCUCGCUUCGAGGAGCUCAACGGGGACCUCUUCCGCGGCACCCUGCAGCCCGUGGAGAAUGCGCUGCGCGACGCCAAGCUGGACAAGUCGUCCAUCAACGAAAUCGUCCUGGUAGGGGGCUCCACUCGUAUUCCCAGGAUCCAGAAGCUGCUGCAGGACUUCUUCAACGGGAAGGAACUGAACAAGAGCAUCAACCCCGACGAAGCUGUGGCCUACGGCGCAGCUGUGCAGGCCGCCAUCCUCUCCGGCGACAAGUCUGAGGCAGUUCAAGACCUGCUGCUGCUGGACGUGACCCCCUUGUCUCUGGGCAUCGAGACGGCCGGCGGCGUUAUGACGUCGCUCAUCACGAGGAACAGCACUAUCCCCACCAAGCAGACGCAGGUGUUCACCACCUACUCUGACAACCAGCCCGGUGUGCUCAUUCAGGUGUUUGAAGGCGAAAGGGCCAUGACCAAAGACAACAACAUUCUGGGCAAGUUCGAGCUUGCCGGGAUCCCCCCAGCCCCCCGGGGCGUUCCACAAAUCGAGGUGACCUUCGAUAUCGACGCCAACGGCAUCUUGAACGUGAGCGCGGCUGACAAGAGCACCGGCAAGGAGAACAAGAUCACCAUCACCAACGACAAAGGUCGUUUGAGCAAGGACGACAUCGACCGCAUGGUGCGCGAGGCGGAGCAGUACAAGGCGGAGGACAACCUGCAGAGGGAGAAGGUGGCCGCCAAGAACUCGCUGGAGGCGUACGCCUUCAACAUGAAGGCCAGCAUGGAGGACGAAAAGCUCAAGGACAAGGUCAGCGACGACGACAAGAAAAUGAUUCUGGACAAGUGCUCCGAGGUCAUCAGCUGGCUGGAUAAGAACCAGUCCGCAGAGAAAGAUGAGUUUGAGCACCAGCAGAAGGAGCUAGAGAAGGUGUGCAACCCCAUCAUGACCAAGCUGUACCAGGGGGCUGGCGGCAUGCCGGGAGGCGGAGCUUUCCCCAGCGCAGGUGGUGCUGCCUCUUCCGGACCCACCAUUGAGGAGGUGGAUUAAAUAAAAAAUCCCCUCCGCCGUGGCACAAUGUUGUCUGCCUUAAGUGUUGCCGGCGUCUCUGUACGCUCGUUAUGGCUUUCAAGGUACUUUCACUGGCUUUGGGCUCUAUUUGCACACAAACUCUUUGGCGUUGCACUUGUUCUUUAAUUUGUCAUUUUUCAAUCCAAAACUUUUCCUUAAUAAAAUUACGCAAAAGCA